UUUAACGUCCCGGCCACAGGCCACGCCCGUUUCUCGACCUCUUUCCCCAGGGCGUAACGUUUUUUCUUCUUUCCCCGUCUGCGAAUUGAGCUUUUUUUUAAAAACAUUUAUCGUUUUGGCUCCCCCCCCCCCCCCCCCCCAUUUCGGGUCCCGCGCCCGUGUGAGAACAGAUAAAACUUCCAGUUCGCUGCCGUUUGUUCCUGAAGCUGACGGGACAGUUUGAAACCAACCGCCGCGCGGUCUCCUCACGCGCCGCUCCCCGAGCCCCUGGAGCUGGGCCGCGGCUGGCCAUCGAUUCGGGCGGUGCCGGUCCUCGCCUCUCUGGUUCGUCAUGGCUCUCUACAGGAAAACCAUCGUACCAUUUACUCGUGCAACAGAAAUAAUGAACCAAAUGUUCAGUACUUCAGCAGCCUGUACAGCCAUACAGAAAAUGACCAGAGUACGGGUAGUGGACAACAGUUCUCUUGGCAACACCCCUUACCAUAGACCACCCAAAUGCAUCCAUGUGUAUACCAAAAAUGGAAUUGGCAAAGUCGGAGACAAAAUAUUAUUGGCAAUCAAAGGGCAGAAGAAGAAGGCAUUGAUUGUAGGUCAUCGGAUGCCUGGUCCAAGGAUGACACCUAGAUUUGACUCCAACAACGUGGUGCUCAUUGAAGAUAAUGGGAACCCAACAGGGACACGUAUCAAAGUACCAAUCCCCACUAGCCUGCGUCGGUUGGAAGGUGAUUAUUCCAAAGUUUUGGCAAUUGCUCAGAAAUUUGUCUGAUGGACUUGCUGAGUUACUGAAAGAAUUAUCAACAGUGGCUAUCAUUUACGGAAAGAAAUAACUUUCCCGUGCAGAUCAAGCAUGACUUCCAUUAUAGACGUCUCGGACAUUUGAGUUGCAAAAGUUGGUUCACUUAUAACAGCUAUAUGUUUAUACAUUAAAUAUCUUGUUCCUCAACAAGACCUUGCCCAUAAGCUUCGCUUACUGUUGUAUAAUUUAGUUCUGUUUUGCAUCUAGUUUAGCAUUGCAUACUGUUGCACCUAUUUCCCUUCAAAUCUUUCUCAGCUGUCCUUCUCUUGUGGCCCCAGUUUACAACAUGACCUUUUUGAUGUAUUACUGAAGCAGUUUUCCCUAAUCUUGCCACCAUUUUGUAACUGAUUGUGGGACAGACUGAAUGGGCUCCUUUGGAUAAACUACAGGAGCAUUGAUAAUUAAUAGCAAAGUAGUUUUAAAUAAAGUGCAAAGUUGUGGAGCUGAUUUAGCAAGAGAAUUUCAGAGGAUGGUGCAGCUGCAGAUGGUAGAAUGAAGGCACUGGACACACCAGAAUAUGGAAGUAGAGGAACUGCAUUCUGUUUGGCAUAGUAUGCCUUAGGGAUGUUAUCUAGGUGGAAUGUAGAAAUAAAAGCAGCAUAUUAUUUCAAUAGAAAGUGUCACAACUUAACUGGGAGACUGGUAUUAAUCAUGCCCCACUGUCCAAUUGCCAUCACAAAAUUUAUACAAUCCCAAAGAGCACACCAAAAUGACAGAUUUACCUGACUGAUUGGUGCUCAAGCCAAAAGCAAUUCAGACCAGUUUAUAUCAGCAACCAAAAAAAAAAUAUUGUAACACACUAGUCUCUAACAAAAGCAGUGAAACAGAGGAUUUAUAAUUUACAACUAUUCAAUUUAAAAUAUACCCUUUUGCAAUCCCAAAUACAUCUCUCACACUAUCAUGAUUAAGACUGGCAAAAGUUUAAUCAUCUACUAUGGAUUAGAAAAGAUGGCACAAGGUAAACAAAAUGCUGAAGAUCAAAAGUCCAGACCACAACAAUGCUAGGUUACAUUCUCGAACUGUUGAUUUCAGCAAAGUUGACACGUUGUUGUCUUUAAGAUUUUUUUUCUCUAAAAAAAAAAUUACUCGAGGGUUUCAGGCAUCAUUGGCAGCAUUUAUUGCCUAUCUCCUGUUGUUCUCAAGCUGCCAUCUUGAGCUGCUGUAGUCUGUGUAUUGUGUGUAGAUUCACAAUGCCUCUAGAAAGGGAAUUCAGUGAUUUUUGACAUUGAAGGAAAUGUAGUACAGUUACAAGUCAGAAUGAUGAGAGGCUUGGAGGGGAGCUUGCAGGUGGUUGUUGUAUUCCCAUGUAUUUGCUGCCCUUGUUUAAGAUGAAAGCGGUUGUGGGUUCAGAAGAUGCUGUUUCUGCAGUGCAUCUUACAGGUUUUUCAUGCUGCUAAUGGCAGUCAUUCUUCAGUUCUGUUGUUGAUCAGAGUAUUCUUUGUCUCAGACUUCUUUCUUUGAAACAUUCUUGGGUUUAUUUUGGAGAACUAGGGAAGGAGAGAUUACAGACUUUGGAUGUAUCUUGAUCAUUGCUGUGGGUGCUCACAGGUUUUUUUAAACACGGCACAGCUCAACUAAUCAGAGGGCUAUUGUCAGGCAAAAUUUCUUUACUCAAAAGAUUCCCAAUGCUGCUCAGUCUUGAGUUCUCCCUCUUGCUGCUUCAAAGACUAUGUUGUAUUGCAUUGUUCAACACAAUGCAGCACUUGAUUUUAAGGUUGCAAGACUUUCCUGGCCUUUCAGCCAUAACCGAUAAACUUUCAUUUCAUUUCCAAAAUAAAGUGUUAAAAAAGUGUAGAAAAAUCUAUGUUACAAGAGAUUGCAGUACUGAGAUAAGGAGGGUGUCUUGGUCUGUAAAUCAGAAAAAUUAGAAAGCAUUUACAGCAGGUGAUUAGAAAUGCAAAUAACUUCUACUUUUAAUUCCCUUUUAAUAAAUAAAUGUGUUUUGCUACAGUUGUACAAGACAUUAGUGAGACCAUUUGUGGAAUACUAUCUUUAGUUUUGGUUGUCUUAAUUGGCUUUUGGUUUUCUUUGUACUUAUUAAAGUAUGUAAAAUUC